GGGUUUUGUCAUAGCUCUUUCGCCCACUCCCCUAGCGUUCGAAGCUUGCCACCACACAGACCAACACACAACCAUGGCUGCUGUGGCUACUUCGUCCGCUGUCCUCAGGAGCUCAUUCCUUGGCCAGAAUGUAGCAAUCAAGUCCACCGAGUCCUCCGCCAGGACCGUUGCCACCUUGAGCAAGGGCAAGAAGACCGCUGCCAAGAAGGCCGCGGCUCCUGCCAACGACGAGCUCGCCAAGUGGUAUGGCCCCGACCGCAGGACCUACCUGCCCGAGGGUCUCCUCGACCGGGCCGACAUCCCGUCCUACCUCACCGGCGAGGUCCCCGGCGACUAUGGCUAUGACCCUCUCGGUCUGAGCAAGAAGCCCGCUGACUUCGAGAAGUACCGCGCCAACGAGGUGAUCCACGGUCGCUGGGCCAUGCUCGGCGCCGCCGGGUUCAUCCUGCCCGAGGCGUUCAACAAGUACGUGCCCGGCGUGUGCGGCCCCGAGGCCGUGUGGUUCAAGACCGGCGCUCUCCUGCUCGAGGGUGACAGCAUCCAGUACCUGGGUGCCACCAUCCCCGUCAACCUGGCUGCCGCCACCAUCGCCGAGGUCCUCCUUGUCGGCGGUGCUGAGUACUUCCGCGGGAAGAACGCCUCUCCCCUCGGCACUGACCUCGACACCCUGUACCCCGGCGGUUCCUUCGAUCCCCUUGGCCUGGCCUCGGACCCCGACACCCUGGCCGUGCUGAAGGUGAAGGAGCUGAAGAAUGGCCGUCUUGCCAUGUUCUCGAUGCUCGGAUUCUUCAUCCAGGCCAAGGUCACCGGCGAGGGCCCAGUGGAGAACCUGACCACCCACUUGAGCGACCCCUUCGGCAACAACCUCCUGACCGCUCUGGGCUCUGCUGCUGACCGCGCCCCCACCUUGUAAGGUGGUCUUGGAACUCUUGAUAAACGCCUUAUAAUGAAUAUAAAAUGAUUUCUAUUACUUAAAAUGAUACUCGUUCAUCAAAACGAUUUUGCACCAGUGUAAAUUGG